UCCUUUUAUGUUAUAUUUUAGUCCUAUUUUUGUCAUCAUUCAUUUAUAAGCUUUUUUCCAUGGCCACUGUUAAAAAUUAUGCUAAGCUAUAAGUCAUUCUCUCGGUCAUGAUUGCCAUUGUUAGUGAUUACCAAAAAAAAUACAAUUGCUAUUAUUAUUACAUUACAGGAAGAAAAGGAGUUUUCUCUCCGAGUAGAUGCCUUUGACCCACCCAAGUAACGAUGAUAUAUUUAACCAAGGAAUCCCUAUCGAGGAAAAGCUUAAAGAAAAGAUCAAGGAAGAGAAUGAUCUGGAAAUUAAGGAAGAGAAUGAUCUAGAAAUUAAAGAAGAGAAAGAUAUAGAAAUUAAGGAAGAGAGCUUCGACUACGAAGUGAGUGAUGCAAACCCAAAAAACGAGCAUCUAUUACUUAUGGGAGGUAAGAACAUCACAGAGGAAGGUAAUGGGAAAAACUCAAGUAAACUGAUAGAAGACUGUAAUGAUGCAUCGUCGACAGUGCCACUUGUGACUGAGCGCUGUGAUAUCAUGUGCUCAUCAGAAAGCGAUCAAUCAAGCUACACGGAAGGAGAGGAAGAGACAGCAUACCGAAAGGCAUGUUCUCGAAAAGUUAAUAUUGUGAAACGUGAAAGCGUGCAUGCAAAUAAAACUUUCACAUGUGAGAUAUGUUGUAAAACAUAUACAGCAAAACAAUCUUUAGAUGACCACGUGAGACAAAUACAUACAAAUGAGAAGCCAUAUAAGUGUGAGGCAUGCAACAAGGAUUUUUCAGUCAAAAGGCAAUUAGUGAUACACCGGGUCAAAGAAUGCGAGGACGUGUCCUCCGCGGAAAAUACGGAAAAUAAGACACCUAAGGAUGGCGUGCUUGCAAUAAGGAAAGGCUUCAGUUGUAAAUUAUGUGGUAAGAAAUUCGCUCGUAAAGCUGUGCUGACGGCUCACAUGCUUGUUCAUACAAAGGAGAAGCGUUUUAAUUGUGAAAUAUGUGAUACACCAUUUGCUAGGAAAGGCGAUCUACAUAACCACAUUAGGACACAUACAAAAGAAAAACCUUUUAUGUGUGACACAUGCAGUAAAAGAUUCUCAAGGAAAAGUAGUCUUCAGACACACAUCAAAUCUGUACAUCUAAAGGUAAAGCCUUAUAAAUGUGAGAUAUGUAAUAGGAGCUUCGUUCAAAAUUCCUGUCUAAAGAAUCACAAGCAGAAGCUUGAUACCCAGUCCCUACAGUCUUCCAGAUAAAACUGGCAUCAUAUUGACAUAUGGAUCGCAUAUGACUUAAGUAACAUUUAUUUUAAAAUAAAUUUCUGCUUAUAAGUAUAAGAUUUUCAGUGUCGUUCUAUAUAUAGUAGUU